AUGAAGCCAGAUUUCUUCAAAAAUCUACCACCAGAAAUCAUCACCGAGAUCUUCUUAAGAUUACCUGUUGUAAGCAUUCCAAUAAGCAAAUGUGUUUGCAAGCGAUGGCUCCAUCUGCUGGAGUCUGAUGCUUUUGUCAAGUCUCAUUUUGCCAGAUCCGCCCCCGCCCUCGUUGUUUUGGGGGAUUCAGGUCAGUUGAAAGUUUUGGAAUUGGAAGGCGAGCUCGAUCUCCAUCUCCAUCUCGAUCCACUCACCCACUAUGAUUUCCCUUACCACAGAGGAAACAUAGUAAGUUGUGUUAAUGGUUUUCCUAUUCUAAGGAAUUGUGGAGAUGAUGCUCUAAUGGAGAAUGAUUGGCUUUCUGUAUGUAAUCCGAUCACUCGUGAAGUUAUUAAGCUGGAUCUGCUGGAUCUGUCUUCAGAAGUAGCAUCUGCUUAUGGAUUUGGGGCAAGCAAAAUCACUGGCAGAUACAAGGCGGUCUGUAUUUACUUUGAGUCCUAUGAUGAUAAACUGGAUUGUCAUGUAUACACUCUUGGAACAGGAUCUUGGCGACGCCUUGAAGGUAUUCCGUAUGUGCACCAUUUUGGUCCAGGUGCAUUUGUUAAUGGAAAUCUCCAUUGGAUAGCAACCAUUGGAGGAGAAGCGUCAUGGAUUUCUUGCUUUGAUGUUGAAACAGAAUGUUUUAGCUUCUUUAAAGCUCCUCCUUAUCAUGCUCAAGGAUUGCCCUUCAUAAGAGGAAGGUCCAUUUCUGCUUUGAGUGGUUGCCUAUGGUUUUGCAAGGUAGCAUCCGAACAUGUAAAUGAUGGUGGAUGCGAGCUUACUAUUUGGAUUAUGAAGGAAUAUGGAGUGGACGAAUCUUGGAGCUUGGAAUAUGUGAUCCCCCAUGACCUUGAUGAUGGCUUGAGGUAUGUUGUUCCCAUCAAAGUUUUCGAAAAUGGCGACCUAUUGAUGUUAGUGACGGUACGCUUUUCCAGGCGCAUUUUCUACUACUCUAACAAGAAUAAAACUAUGCAAAGGAAGGCCUCUAACGCACUCGCGUGUGGGCUUUUCACUCCCACCCUUGUUUCACUCAAAACUUUAGGUUUAGGUGUGGAGAAUGUAAUCUCAUUCUGA